UUCAUCACGUUGGGCAGGAUGGUCUUGAUCUUUUGACCUUCUGAUCUGCCUGCCUUGACCUCCCAAAGUGCUGGUAUUACAGGCGUGAGUCACCGUGCCUGGCCGUUUUGUUUUGUUUUGUCUGCUCUGUUGUACAUUGUGCCUAAUGUACAAGCUCAGUUCAAAAUAAUGGCUUUCGGUAAUUUUGUUUAAAAAGUAUUCUAGCCACCGGCUCACGUAACCAUCUCUGGGCCAGCGCGAACCAUGGCUGGCUUGGUGGAUUUCCAGAAUGAGGAAGAGGUGAAGUCCUUUUUGGAGAACAUGGAGGUGGAGUGCAACUACCAUUGCUACCAUGAGAAGGAUCCGGACAGUUGCAAUCGGCUGGUGGACUAUUUGGAAGGGAUCCAGAAGAAUUUUGAUGAGGUUGCCAAGGUGUUGAAGUUUAACUGUGAAGACAACCAGCACAGCAAUAGCUGCUACAAACUGGGGGCCUACUAUGUGACUGGAAAAGGUGGUCUGACCCAGGACCUGAAAGCUGCUGCCAGUUGCUUUUUGAUAGUGUGUGAGAAGCCCAGAAAGAAGUCUUUAGCAGCAUGUCACAACGUUGCUUGCCUGGCACAUGAUGGAUGGGUUAAUGAGGAUGGCCAGCCUGACCUGGGGAAGGCCAGGGACUACUACAUAAGGGCCUGUGAUGCUGGUUAUGCCUCCAGCUGCUUCAACCUCAGUGCCAUGUUCCUGCAGGGUGCCCCUGGCUUUCCCAAGGACAUGGACCUGGAAUGUAAAUAUUCCAUGAAAGCCUGUGGCCUGGGUCAUUUCUGGGCCUGUGCCAAUGCCAGUCACAUGUACAAGCUGGGGGAUGGCAUCGAAAAGGAUGAGGCCAAGGCUGAGGUGCUAAAAAUUCAAGCCAAGCAGUUACACAAAGAACGGCAGAAAAGUGUCCAAUCCUUAACAUUUGUGUAAAGUGGCCCACCUUCCUUCCCAGGCAACAAACAGCUUGAGGCUGGCAGCUCCUGUUUCUGAAGACUGAUGCAGCCCUUGAAGGUCAACCUGCUGGAGCAGGAAAACUUGGGACUUGAAUUUGUAGCUCCACUCACAUAGAUCCAUUGCCCCAGCUGCUGGGGUGUAGCCUAUAAUGUUUAUGUCAGUCAGUACUCCUUUAUCUGGGUGUUCCGUGAAGGCAGUCAUGUUUAUGGGGGUAUUAGUUUUCAAACUCUGGAAAUUCUGAAAAACAGGAGCAAACUAGAGAGCCCUAGAGAUUGGUGGCGGGGAGGGGAGGAUAG